UACUCGUCUACCUAUCCACAAAAAGUCAAAAGGAAGCUUUCCUAUCAUUCUUCUAUCUCCAUUAUUGACAUUUCUCUUGACUUUUUGGUUUCAAAUUCUUCCAGGAUCCUGAUCUUGAUGUAACUGGCCUAAUUUUGAGAUAGAAUUUCGUUUCGUUCAUGUUGUUGUUGCCCUAAUUUUGAAUUUUCGAAUCAUGAUGUGAUAAAUUAGUGAUUAAGAUUCAUUUUGGCAUCACAGCACAGGGCAAUUGACAUAAUCUACUAGUCAACAUACAGAACUCAUUGUUAUGACUAAAUUCAGUUGUUGUUUUGGGAAGGUAGCUUCCCCAACAAACGGUGUUCUUGUUCAUAGAGAACUUUUGGAUGUUGAGAAUAUGAGAUUGUAUACAUACAAAGAUUUGCAAAUCGCUACAGGAGAUUUUAAACCCGAAAAUAAGAUAGGGCAAGGGGGUUUUGGUUCUGUUUACAAGGGAUUACUAAAAGAUGGAAAAAUAGUUGCUAUAAAGGUUCUUUCUGCUGAAUCAAGACAGGGUUUGCGAGAAUUCUUGACUGAAAUAACUAUUAUUUCAGAUAUACAACAUGAAAAUUUGGUAAAGUUACAUGGUUAUUGUGUGGAGAAAGAUCAUAGAAUCUUGGUUUAUGGGUAUCUCAAAAACAGUAGUCUAGAUCAAACCCUACUUGGGGGGAAUCAUUGUAGCAUUAAAUUCACAUGGGAAAUUCGAAGGAAGAUUUGUAUAGGUGUUGCAAAAGGGCUUACUUAUCUUCAUGAAGAAGUGCAACCUCAUGUUAUUCAUAGAGACAUUAAAGCAAGCAAUAUUUUACUCGAUGAAGAUUUUACACCAAAGAUUUCGGAUUUUGGUCUUGCAAAGCUUUUUCCAUCUCAUUUAACUCAUAUUAGCACACGUAUUGCUGGAACUCUAGGCUAUUUGGCUCCUGAAUAUGCAAUAAGAGGCCAAUUGACAAGGAAAGCAGAUAUUUACAGUUUUGGUGUUUUGCUUUUGGAAAUUGUUAGUGGAAAAUCCAAUCAAAACAAACAGUUACCAGUUGAAGAACAAUAUCUUCUUGAAAGGGUAUGGGAACUAUAUAGGGAAGGGGAGCUAAAAAGGUUGGUUGACACUUUAAUGGGAGACAAUGAUGAUGAUUUUGAUAAAGAUGAAGCUUGUAGGUACUUAAAAAUCGGCUUACUUUGCACCCAAAGACUUCAAAAAAACAGACCAUCAAUGUCUAAUGUGAUGAUGAUGUUAAAUGAUGAAAAGGACCUUGAUGAAAAAGAUUUAUCUGAUCCGGGGUUAAUUUCAGAGUUAACAAAGUUUAAAUCCAAUAAAAAUAACACAUCAGGUACUGCUACAUCAUCUAGCCACUCGGGAAAACAAGAGGAUAAGGAUUCCUCAUUGUAUGGAGACACAACAUCAUCGUACGCUACUAUGAAUUUUACCACAAUUAUUGGUCGAUGAUUGUACGAUACACCAUUAUUAUGUCUUUUGUAUGGUAAUAAAUCUUCCUAUUCUAAUAAAUGAAUAUGUUUAUUCUUCUA